AUGGCAAAUUGGACCACAUCACCUGCCAAACUGAAUCCCUACACACGAGCCCGGAUGACAGAGGCCUGGCAGCAGCAUGCUGUCGCUCCACCUCCAGUUGUCCACACCAUACCGCCGGGUGCUGAGAAUGCACUGGGUUGUGCUGUCUAUGGCAUUGUACUGCAGCCAGACCCUCCAUCUCUACAGCAGCAGCAGCAGCCCUCACUGCAGGUAGGAACUGAAGGAGGGCACAAGUGUGGAGCCUGUGGGCAUGACAUCUCCCAUUUGGCCAACCCACAUGAGCACCAGUGCAUGGUCAGUCAGGACAGGUCGUUCCAGUGCACCCAGUGUAUGAAGAUCUUCCACCAGGCUACAGACUUGCUGGAGCAUCAGUGUGUUCAGGUGGAGCAGAAACCCUUUGUAUGUGGUGUGUGCAAGAUGGGCUUCUCCCUGCUCACUUCUUUGGCACAGCACCACACAUCCCACAACAGCACCAACCCAAUGAAGUGCUCAAUCUGUGAGAAGACCUACCGACCUGGUUCCUCUGGCAAUGCAACACCCACUACAUCAGCAACCAGUGCACAGCAGCCUAACAGUGACGGGGCAUCAGCCAGCGGCAGUGCUUCCACGCUGCCCUUUCCUUCUGCCCGGGAUCGGCCGUACAAAUGUUCUGUAUGCCAGAAGGGCUUCAAGCACCUGUCGGAGCUAACACGCCAUGAGCGGGUGCAUACAGGAGAGAAGCCCUUUAAAUGUGACACUUGUGACAAGGCCUUCAGCCAGUCAUCUCAUCUGGCCCACCACCAGCGCACACACAGCAAUGAGCGCCCCUUCAAGUGUGCUGUUUGCGAGAAGAGCUUCAAGCAUCGUUCCCACCUGGUGCGCCAUAUGUAUGCCCAUUCUGGGGAGCACUUGUUUAAAUGUAACCUGUGUGAGCUGCAUUUCAAAGAAUCAUCUGAGCUCCUUCACCAUCCUUGCCACCCACAGGGUGCCCGCCCCUUCCGCUGUGCCACUUGUGGAAAGGGCUUCAAGCGCCCAUCUGAUCUGCGCCAGCAUGAGCGCACGCACUCAGAGGAGCGGCCCUUCCACUGUGAUGAGUGCCAGAUGAGCUUCAAGCAGCAGUAUGCGCUUGUGCGCCAUCGACGCACACACAAGGACCCCACAGACCGGCCUUUCAAGUGCAACCUGUGUGAUAAAGGCUUUAUGCAGCCCUCUCACUUGCUAUAUCACCAGCAUGUCCACGGAAUGGACAACCUGUUCAAGUGUGCCUCCUGCCAGAAAGAAUUCAGCCAGUCGGGAGAGUUGCUCAGACACAAGUGUGGCGAGUCAUCCUCUAACUCACCUGACAAGCCAUACAAAUGCGACGUAUGCGGGAAGGGCUACAAGAAGAGCUCCACGUUGCAGCGCCACCAGAAUUCCCACUGCCAGGAGAAGCCCCUGAAGUGCUCGCUCUGUGAUCGUCGCUUCCUCUCCUCCUCAGAAUUCGUCCAGCACCGUUGUGACCCAUCGCGUGAGAAGCCUCUCAAGUGCCCCGAUUGUGAGAAACGCUUCAAAUACUCUUCAGACCUAAACCGCCACCGACGCGUGCACACAGGGGAGAAGCCGUACAAAUGUGCCAACUGCAACAAGGGAUUCAAACAGCGGGAACACCUUACUAAGCACCAGAGCACUCACUCCAGAGAAGGCCAGUUCAAGUGUGUUUGGUGUGGCGAGCGUUUCAGCGACCUUGGUUCCCUACAGGAUCACACAGUACAGCACACAGCUGAGGGAGGCGGCUACCCUGUGCCCCCUUGCAUAUAAGUCCAGUACCCAGUUUCUGCCCUUUGUUUCGGCAGGGGCAAAAAAGAAAAAGAAAAAAAAGACCUAAGUGACCAAUUCUUCUAAAUACGCAGUCCCCCUGAACCCCAUGCCCUCCUAUCUAUUCUUUGCAGGCCAUUCACUUACUGUAGACAGGAUGAAAUGAUGUGCUUGGAUUUUGUUAAUCCAUUGUACCCCCACCCAUUCUUCAUCAGGUACUCUUUGUUCUGACACCCUUUUCCCUGUCUCUCCCUGAUCCUGAGGUGGCCUUUCAUCCUUUUAAAGCCUGUUACCUCCCCCUUGCCCUCAGCGCCUACUUUAAAAAGAUGAAAUUUGAUUCAAAGGUGUAACUCAAAACUUUUAGUCAAAAGUCAUACUUACUGCCAACCAAGUCUGAUUUGUGUCCAAAAGCAACUGCCAUUGUGCAGGUUUAUCUAGCAAACACGUUCAUCCUGUGUAACCUCCCCUCCUCAUUGACCAACCAUUCUAACCCCAAUAAUAGCAAAAUAAUUUGAAAUGCCAUCUUGUAUUCCUUGUCUUCACAAAACCAAUCAGCCAUCUGUGGUUUAUAGGUUUUGUAACUAAAGUUUUCUUUUGUAUUUUUUUAGAGGUACUUUAUUGAUCCCCGUGGGGAAAUUACACUCUGCAUUUAACCCAUUCUAGCUGUGUAGCUAGGAUCAGUGGGCAGCCGCCGUGCAGCAUCUGGGGACCAACUCCAUUUCGUCUUGCCAUGCCUCAGUCAAGGGCACAGACAGGAGUAUAAACCCUUACAUGCAUCUCUUUUUUUGAUGGUGGGGAAAACCGGAGCACCCGGAGAAAACCCACCGCAGACACUGGGAGAACAAAGGAUGACCUGGGAUGACCCCCAAAGGUUGGUCAAACCCAGGACCUUCUUGCUGUGAGGCGACAGCGCUAACCACUACACCACCGUGCUGCCCAAAAGUUUUGACAGUAAGUUUGUAAAGAAUUGAGAGUGAGGGUAAUGAUGGUGGAGUCAUUUUAGUCUCCACCUAAACUGACCUGACCAACCAAUCCAUUAGAUGAGGGAUGGUUCUUUUUUUUUUUCUUUUCCCAAGCUUUCUGGCCCUCUUUCUCUCUUAAGCUAUCCUUCUUACCAUUAUUCCGCUCUCUGCAUCAAGUCCUCUGUUUCCAUCCCCCUCUUCCUCUACUUUGCUACCUCCCAUCUCUUCUCUGCUUUACUAACUUUCAGGAUACCAGGACUGUUUUCUUCAGUGUCUUUGGCACUGACAGCAUCUUGCUGUUAGGAUCUGACUUCAGAGCUGGACCAGUUCUUAAAACACUCACAUACUACAAAUCGCUGAUUAACGAUGGAAGAUGAUGAUAAAUACUUAAUUUGGUUUCUCAUCCCUUCAGUAAUAUCAAAAUAGAGCAUACACACAAACAAAAGCUAUUUGACCUAACACCUCACACCCUUCUCGUUUUGCACCCACCUCCACAGGCUUUAGAAGUCCUAUGAGUUAAGUGUCAGCUACAUACUGUGGUCCUCAGCUUACAAAUGUUUGUGUUUUUUAUUAUC